ACCACACAUUACCCUACUGCUGUUGCAGAAGACCUUGAAGUGUUUGUUUCCUUUAUCAUCACCACAGAAGAGAAGAAGCAUUACAUUGUGCCUAUUAAAAUGAGUCCUCCAGAGAUAGACUAACUUACUGGCCACAGAUGGGCAAAAGUGAAACCACUGCCCUCCAAGAACGUAGAGUCCAGAAUGAUCAAGUGUGGGAUUCCGUGAAGAAAACAGCCUUUGUAAUUGGUACUGGGCUUCUUACCUUUGCUGCAUUCAGGAACACACUCACAUGGCAUCUACAAGUUUUUUGGGGUGCAUCUGGUGAUUUCUGGCAAGCCCUAUGGGGCAGGCUGCACAAGUAUUAUGGGGGCAAUGAACUGGCUUUAUACUGUCUGGGGGCCAUGACAAUUCCCAGUCUUUUCUUUUGGACGUACAAUGCAGUCCUGAUGGUGAUUGACCUGACUGGAAGACCAAACUUUAUAACACGAUAUAGAAUUCAGCAGGGAAAGAAUGAACCGGUGGACCCAGAAAAGCUCAAAAGUGCAGUCAAAGUUGUCCUCUUUAACCAGUUCUUCGUUUCCUUUCCCAUGAUUAUCCUCAUGUAUGCAUUUAUGAAAUGGCGGGGCAACCCUUGUGGUACAGAGUUGCCCACAUUUCACUGGGUUCUGCUGGAACUCUCAGUUUUUGUGCUGGUUGAAGAAAUCCUUUUCUAUUACUCACACAGAUUGUUUCAUCACCCCAGCAUUUACAAGCGUGUCCACAAACAGCACCAUGAGUGGACUGCACCUGUAGGAGUGGUGUCACUGUACGCUCAUCCACUGGAGCACAUUCUCUCCAACAUGUUACCAUCCAUGGUUGGACCAAUGCUGAUGGGAUCCCACGUGGCAACCAUCAUGCUUUGGUUCUGUCUUGCUCUGUUCACCACCAUCGUCUCACACUGCGGCUAUCAUUUGCCCUUCCUGCCUUCUCCAGAGUUCCAUGACUUUCACCAUCUCAAAUUUAACCAAUGUUACGGAGUCCUGGGGGUCUUUGACCGACUACAUGGAACAGAUCUGAUAUUCAAGCAAACCAAGGCCUACGAAAGACACAUUUUACUACUGAAUUUUACCCCUCUGAUUCAAAGCAUUCCUGACUCCCCUAAGAAAACAGAAUGAAAUUCUGGACUGUCUUUUACCAACAUUGUAUUACUGCUUUGUAGCCAAAAGUGUCCAAACAAUACCAAAGAGCUUUAAAUGAAUAGGUUUUUGGCUGGGGUCACACAUAGAGACUGGGGUGUGUAACUAAGGUUGAAUUUAUACCCUGAGCAGUGUUUCGGUUGUCCGGGCAUGCUGUGAGUUGUAGUUUUGCAGCAGCUGGAGGCACUCCGGAUGGGAAACACUGCCCCAGAAGAAUAAAAAUGCUUAUUUGGAGAGUAAGCAUCACAAUACUUAAAGCAACCUGUCUGUGACCCCGGCCUUGCAAAAUACAAUGUCCAUUCACAUAGGAAUAUGACUGAUCUUAAAGGGGAACUCCGGUGAAAACAAGUGGGAAAACAAAUGUUUUCAAAUCAACUGGUGCCAGAAAGUUAUACAGAUUUGUAAACUACAGUACUUCUAUAUCUUAAUCCUUCCAGUACUUAUCAGCUGCUGUAUACUACAGAGAAAUAUGUGAAGUUCUUUUCAGUCUGACCACAGUGCUCUCUGCUGACGACUCCGUCUAUGUCAGGAACUGUCCCGAUUAGAAGCAUAUCCUCAUAGAAAACCUCUCCUGCUCUGGACAGUUCCUGACACGGACAGAGGUGUCGGCAGAGAGCACUGUGGUCAGAGAGAAAAUAAUUCACAAAUUUAUCUGUAGUAUACAGCAGCUGAUAAGUACUGGAAGGGUUAAGAUUUUUAAAUGGAAGUAACUUACAAAUCGGUUUAACUUUCUGGCACCAGUUGAUUUGAAAACAUUUUUUUUCCACUGGAGUACCCCUUUAAGUCUCUGUAAAUCUUUGUUUAAACUAGUGGUCUAUUACCUUUAUCUAGCUCUUGCAAAACCAUGACUCCCAGCAUGCACAUAGCCAUGAGAACAUGCUGAAAGUUGUAAUUUCACAAAAGCUGAAGACCACUGCUUUAUACAAUUUAGUAUGGCCCAGGUAUCUCUGUAUAAAGCCAUGUUCACAUGAUGGAAUUUCCAUGCAAAUUCCUGCUGGAAUAUUCUACUCGGAAACUCUGCUGCAGCAGAGUGCCAUUGAUUUCAAUAGGAUUCUGCUGCACUGUGCACCUAAUGGAAUUUUUGUAGCAGAGGUUACAGUCUAUGCAUUACAGUCUAUGGAGACAGCGCAUUUCUGAGAAGUCCUAGUACCGCUGAAUUGUAUUUUCCGGCAGACAUUCUGCAAAUUUUCGCCCGUGUGAACAUGUCAUUAAAGGGGUACUCCACUGGAAAAAAAAAAUUAAAACAACUGGUGCCAGAAAGUUAAACAGAUUUGUAAAUUACUAUUAAAAAAUCUUAAUCCUUCCAGUACUUAGCUGCUGUAUACUACAGAGGAAGUUCUUUUCUUUUUUAAUUUCCUUUCUGUCUGACACAGUGCUCUCUGCUGACACCACUGUCCAUGUCAGGAACUGUCCAGAGCAAAAGAGGUUUGCUAUGGGGAUGUGGUCAGUUCCUAAAAUGGACAGAGGUGUCAGCAGAGAGCACUGUGGCCAGGCAGAAA